AUGUAUCUGCUCAACACCAAGACAGCCGAGCUGCACUACUUCGUCAACUCGCACGAAGUCCGAUACGCGAUCCUGUCCCACGUCUGGCAGAGCGGCGACGAGCUCUCUUUCGUAGGCCUCCAGGCCCUCAGCGCAGAGUGCGCGCUUUCCGGAGAAAGCCUGCGCGACCGCGUCCCCGCCAAGAUCCGCGACUGCUGCAUCUUCGCAGAGCGUGCAGGUUACGACUGGAUCUGGGUCGACACUUGCUGCAUCGACCACCACAGCAGCGCGGAGCUCUCCGAGGCGAUCAACUCCAUGUUCGCGUGGUAUGCGGACGCGGACGUCUGUUACGCAUAUCUGUACGAUGUCGGGGAUGACGAUGAUCCCGCAUCCCUAGAUUCUGCCUUCAGACGUAGCCGCUGGUAUGAGCGUGGCUGGACCCUCCAAGAGCUCAUCGCCCCCGCGCGCAUCGUCUUUCUCUCCCAAAAGUGGCGCACCCUCGGCUCGAAGCACAUGCUCGCGGCCGUCGUGGAGGCGGUCACGGGCGUCCAAAAGGAAAUCCUUACGCACGCACGCUCGCUCGACAGUGUCAGCGUCGCACAGCGCAUGUCCUGGGCCGCGAACCGCAAGACGACGCGCAUCGAAGACCGAGCGUACUCGCUCCUAGGUAUCUUCGGCAUCAACAUGCCGACUAUCUAUGGGGAAGGCGAGCGCGCGUUCGUCCGCCUUCAAGAGGAGAUCCUCCGGCGGAUCCCCGAUCAGAGUAUCUUCGCAUGGGGCCCGAUGCACAAGGAUAUCAAACUUGCACGUCAGCUUAUGGAGCGCGAUCGGUUCGAGGACAGCGAACGGGCCACGCACGGUAGACAAGCCAACAUCGCCUUCGACGUGCAAGGCAGGCUGCAGGACCUGCUUGCAUCAUCCCCGUCCGAGUUCGCCGACUCCGCAGGGUACAAGGCCGUCAACAUCGCCGAUCUGGCGGCCACUUUCGGCAUAGAGGCAAAGAUGCCGCACUACGCAGUCACCAGCAACGGCAUCCGCGCGAUACUGCCGCUCUCCACAGACGCGAUCGAGUCGUGGAAGAGCUGGAUGGCGCGCACGGGUGCCGCGAACACGCAGCACGUACAACUAGGCCUUCUGGCAUGCGAGAACGCGGACGGCGAGUUGAUCAUUCUCCUCCUGCGGCGCGGCAAACAAGCUGCAGGGGACCGCUACGACGUCGGCGAGUUCAUCGACGGCACGGAGGGGCAUCACUAUCACCGGGGUGCGUUCUUCCCUCGGACCCUCUUACAUGCCGUGGAGACGGUACCCGCAACCAUGGCCAAUGCCAGAGGCAUCUAUGACCAGGUAGAUGAGGAGGUGGACGAGGGUGAAGGUAGCGCUUCACCCCCACCCAAAGGUAGCACGAAGGAGAAGAAACCGCGAGUGAUCAAGUUUCGGUAUGGCAAAUUCGAGCUGAAACCGCUCUACAUCCACCACCCGAACUCGCUGCUGCCCCCUCAAACCCACCCCGAUGGGCCCGUCCGCGACGUCAUGGCGCCCCAGCCGAACUUCACAUUCUUCUUCCCGCACUGGCUCCUCACCGACCUCGAGACGCGCCACCACCUCCUGUGCGAACAGGCAAGCACUGACGGCUGCACGACCACCGUCCCCUGCCACCUCACGCAGCAGCAGGUGUCCGACUCGGUCGUCUCCACCAUCUCGUUCUUCGAUGCCUCCCUGCACCAGCGGCUCACCGUCCGCUUCGGCGUCGGGAACUGCAUGUGCCUUAUGGUGCCGUUCCCUGGCCCGCAGGGCAUCCCCCUGCACAAGCUCUGGGUGGACGUUCUCCUCACCCGCGAGCAGUCCCGCGCGAACGCCCCAGCGUUCGACGGCAAGGCCCUGCCCAAGCUGUCCGAGCCUGCGCAAAUGCUCAUGGUCUGCCCCAGGGCGCACAUCGACUUCACGUCGGUGCGUGGCGACAACGCGGUCAUCCGGGCUGCGUUUGGGGACAGGACCCGGCGGGUCGAGGUGGCGUUCAGGAAACGCGAGGGGUUCGAAAUUAUCCGUAAGAUCCCGUGCAAGACCUACACGGUUACGCUGGCGCUCUCGGGGCCGGUGUACGACACGGCGGUGCCGUGGCCGAUAGUUCCCGUACCCAGCGAGGAUGUCUGUGCGGAUGCUACUGACGAUCGCGCGACGGAGCCUCUCCGCGACAAAGGGCGUUCUGUCCACUUCCGGCUCCCCGAGCGAAUGGGUUCCCGAGGUUCUGCGGUCCAUAUGCGUAGGCAAGGUCCUGGAGGACAUCCACCUCCAAGCGCAUUGCCCCUACACACCCGCCUUUCGCUCGAUAGAACGCGAUCGUACUUGCUACCCUUCGCAUCGUUCUUUAGCUCGCCUGCCUUGUCAUCCAUGCCUUUCUCAACAGGAUUCACUUGA